GAUGACGUUUGCCGUUGGGCCUCUUCCGACGACCCAAGCCCAUCGCAAGAAAUGAGCCACACACACACACAAUGAUGAACAAGCAGGCCGCUGAUAUCCCAACCUUCUUUGUCCAACUAUAGCUUCUCUUCUUCUGCUGUGUAACUUGUCUUGCCAUUUUCCAAGCACCUCUUCUCUACAAUCAUGCACGGCUCUCCUCGCCGUGCCGAUGAUUCCCCCAGUCGUCAAAACCUCGACCCUCCCGGCCACAAUAGCCGUCGUCAAAGGUCCAACGCAGAACCCCGAAGGCAUCACGAAAGGGGAUCUCAGCGUGAAUUCCAUAGUGGGUCUAAUAGCGGGUCUCCUCGUGAAUUCCAUAGUGGGUCUCAUAGUGGAUCUCCCACAAUGAGUCGACAGACGGUCACCAAUUACCAGGCCAUGCGAGAUUCCAUGAGAGAUUCCAUGCGAGAUGCCCAGCCACCACCACCACCACCAAGAUCUUCUCGUAGUAUCCACACUUCUAGUACUUCUUCUCCCAGAGGCAACAACAAUGCACCACCACCACCAUCUCCGCCACUACAACAAUCCUCCCCCCGCAAAGCUCCGAACUAUCGUGGCUUUUCCACUUCGAUUGGUGACAUGUUUUUGCAUCCUCAUCAGGAACGAGUCGAUUGCUGUGCCAUGACAUGUUGUGGCAUUUUCCAGUCCGAUCGAGAUCGGUAUCUGUUGCAAGGCGUCAUGCCGCCAUCGCCUUGGAAGCGUGUGUGGGUACAUUUCUGCCUUCCAUGCUUUCUCUUUCUCAUGGCCGGCUAUGCUUCCCUGCACAUUCCCCAUAAAAUGAUGAAUGAAUUCUUCGUCCUCCUCUUCUUGUUGCUACUCUUGGUUGGAAUCAUGUCACAGUGCCAAAAAGGACGCGUCAAGAGAAUGGAUAUUCGAAAGGAUGUCCUGUGGUACAAGUACCAGUUGAUGCAACGCAACCAAGAAACCUUGGAUCAAGUCAUGGACCAGCCACGCCCGGAUGACGGCGUCGACUAUUACUAUAGUGGACAAACCGAACGCGAUAUUGGGUGUAGUCAUCCUUUCUGUUUCCUGGUCGGAUGUUACCGCAAUGAUAAACCAAGUCCCUCUGUGUUGCUAUCGGAAAAUAGCCCGGGGAGUGUCGAUCAAGUCGAAGAUUCGCUUUGUUCCUGUAUCUUCAAGUUCUUUUGCUCGCCUUGUUGUGGCAUGUACAUUCAAUACGCAGGAGUCUGUGGCAUGGCACAGGAAUCAAGAGAAAUCGAGGCAACGCUGUUGCCACCCGCCUAUCGUCGCUUGGAUUAUGUGACCAUGGAGCCCAUGCUGUCCUACUUUGAAGGCAUUUACAAUCGACGAUGGAUUGAAUUUAAUACACUCAACACCAACCCCGAUGGUCCCCAGGCGACAGGGCCAUUCAAGGAUUGGACAGUGCCGCCCUUGUCACAACUCUCAAAAGUCAUUUUGCAGGGAUGGGUCGGACUCACCCUCUUCUUGGGAAUUUGGAGCGUCAUCGGGCCAAUGUUUUGGACUAACUUUGUCAAUGGAGAGGGAAGACGCCAUUUCUUUUACUUUGCCGACUAUGUGGUUUACAUGGCCUCGUGGAUUGUGUGUUUUGGGACCCUUGCAGUUGUCAUUUACCUGUGUCAACGACAUAAACCGCUCGAACUGUCCGUGGAUUCCAUGAUCAAGUACUUUGCCUGCGGAUUUGUGCUCUCGACAACCCUGUCCAUCUUUUAUGAACUGUUGGUGGGGGUCGUGCUGCAGCUCCUGAUGAUGCUCUUCAUGACCUUUUCAGGAAUUGAUGUGGUGGAAGACAGGGGAUAUGAAAUGGCCAUGGAUUGGGCCAAACAACCAUUGAUGGGCUUUGCAUCCGGGAGCACCUUACAAUUAGGAUCAACAGCAGCAUCGGCGGGCUACUUGUCGAUCUUCGGCCGAGAUCAUCCCAUCAUAUACUCAAUCUACCUGUUCGUGACUUCUUUUUUCAUGGCCGCCAUGGUGGAGGAGAUCUGCAAAUUCAUGGGAUACCGAAUGCUGGAACAUCCAGAUUUUAUGUCAAAAGACGAGUUGGAAGAUGCGGCCGCUGCCGGAGUGAUGGGAGACAAUGGAGAACCGAAGCGAGUCCUUUUUCCGCACCAUGCCCGGUCACUGCAAUCUCAAGGAGCUGCCAUUACGGUUGCCAUGGUCUGUGUGGCAUUGGGUUUCUCUAUGUGUGAGGAUUUGAUCUACAUUUUCCUUUACAAUGGCUCUUCUGUUCAAAUGGAGAUUUAUGUGCUGAUCGCCAGAACACUCUUUCCUAUCCACCCUAUUGCAGCAGCCAUGCAAAGUGUUGGUGUAACGGCGCGUCAAGUCGAGAAAAGUCCUACCAGGUUUGGUAGAAUCCUGUUUCCUGCCGUUCUCUUUCAUGGAACGUACGAUUUUCUUUUGCUGUGGAUUGAUUUCUUGGCCAGCUUAGGCCGCUCGGAUGGAUACAACAGCAACAGCGAUGAAGCACUGGAGGUUGGCACCCAUGCAAUAGUCUUCUCCUACCUUGUCUCUACAGGAAUCAUGGGAUUAGCUCUCUACUGGUUCUAUCGAGAGAGCGAGAAACAACGAGAACGAUUGGCAGCGCGGGAUCUGGAGGACGCACCAGUGCUUGACCGACUCUCGUAAUGCUAUUGACAAUUUGUUGGGUUUUGCUGUUGAUUGUGUCUACUAUAGUGAAACAAGAUCAAGUAGAAUGGCGUUCAAGCUAGAAUGUGUACCACUAGAUAUGGCAAAGGGAUAUUUUGCCUUCCCAAGCAGAUAACAGUAGGUACCACCGGUAGUCUCGACAUCGGCAAUAGCAAAGCAAGCAAAGGAUAUUGCACGCGUACAAUACACAUAAUGGGGGUCACUAUGAUCCUGGCGCUCUAAAGUCCACUCGUUUCUUGCCAUCUUUAACCCGGUGUAAGACCUCGCAUGUGCACAAACUUCUGAGCCUACUUGUACCCUCCUUUAUGGGGUCUGCCUCCUUGCAAGAAGCAUGAACAACCUUGCCACCGAACGCAAUGUCUCCCUCUUCGUCUGACUGGACAACCUCGACCAGAAAUAGCUGCAAAGGUUUCCCACCGCACAAGGCGUCCUAGCAAUAUACGAUGUAUCAUCAAAGGACACCUAUUCUAUUCAUCUGCCUAUUCUGACUUUAGUUCUACAACAUUUCUAUCCAAAAGUCUUUCCAGAAUGACACUGAGAGCAACGGCCUUGAGUCCCCAAUCGGCGAAAGUAUCAAUGCCGGACGCGAUAUCGGGCGAGACGUCAAAAUGGGCAAUUUGCAAUGCAAUCAACCCCACGACGACGGCGACACGAGGUCGAAACUUUUGCCAAUAGUUUUGAUGGUAUCCUUCGGCACGAUAGAACGGUGACAGUGGUUCCACCUGUGUAAUGGAAAGAGGGACACCAUCGGAUUCUCGGACCUUGUCGGCUCCUUCUUGCAACCACUCUGUGGCAAUCUUUUGCUGUUCUUCGUCAUGUGGAAAUAUAAUGGAGGCGUAUUGUCGUGAUCCAAGUUUGGGUUCCUGAGCUUCAAAGAAAGCGUCCAAUAAUUGUUCAUACGACACUUUGUCAUCGUCAUAGACCACUCGCACUCCUUCCACCCAAUCACGGCUGAAGCAGACCUUGUCAUAAUCGGGAACUUCCUUGGCAUUGGGAUUGCCAGUGUAUCCUGCCGCUGCUUCCGAAACACCGUCAAUCUUGAGCAUUUCUUCAGAGGGUUUCCAAAAGCAGCCCAUGCCAAAAGUGGCGUCUCGCUUGGCUUGCAACCGCGAUGGUGUGGGUGCCGUCGGUUUGUUCACGCCGUGUGGGGCAAAUGCAUUUAUAGUUGUGCCAGCACUACAGAGCAGCACGGGAAGGACACAACUGAAUGACUUCAUGGCGGUUGUCGAAUAGAUGAUUACCUAAAUAGCUAGUAGUCUAAUGCAUUGCAAUGAAUGAUACAAGUUUUCGAAGACGGAUGAGGUAGCGCCAUGGUGGCAGCUUCCAGCCUGUUUUGGAGGCUGAGUCAGCAUUCUGAAGCGUGACUAGCUCAGACUUGGUCUAAAUCGUCGCAAAUAUCUUUUUCCAGCCAUUUUCUAGCUGGUCUAGUUUGCGACUCGCUGCCCUGCUC